AGCCGACGAGGCAGCAAUUACGCUUUGAGGAUAAAACGGGGCGCAGAGAGAAGACUGGGGCAUUCCUACCCGAGAUGGCGGGUCUGACAGCGGUGGCCCCACAGCCCGGAGUCCUCCUGCUUCUCCUCAACCUCCUCCACCCUGUGCAGCCUGGAGGGGUUCCAGGAGCUGUACCUGGAGGAGUUCCCGGAGGGGUCUACUACCCAGGGGCUGGUCUUGGAGGCCUGGGAGUAGGAGCCCUGGGGCCUGGAGCCAAACCACCCAAGACAGGUGCUGGACUUCUGGGGGCAUUUGGAGCAGGGCUUGGGGCCUUUCCUGGAGGCGCCUUCCCAGGAGCUCUGGUGCCCGGUGCAGCUGCCAGUGCAGCUGCUGCUUAUAAAGCUGCAGCCAAAGCCGGUGCUGGACUGGGCGGUGUUGGUGGCUUAGGAGUGUCCACAGGUGUGGCAGUGCCUCCGGCCGGAGUGGGAGUUGGAGUCGGAGCUGGCGGAAAGCCUGGGAAGGUGCCCGGUGUGGGACUCCCGGGUGUAUAUCCAGGUGGUGUGCUCCCAGGUGCAGGAGGUCGGUUCCCUGGUGUUGGGGUGCUCCCUGGAGUUCCCACAGGAGCAGGAGUCAAGCCCAAGGCCCCAGGUGGAGGUGGUGCUUUUGCUGGAAUCCCAGGGGUUGGACCCUUUGGAGGCCAGCAGCCUGGUGUCCCACUGGGGUACCCCAUCAAAGCACCCAAGCUGCCAGGUGGCUACGGACUGCCCUACACCAACGGAAAACUGCCCUAUGGUGUGGCAGGGGCAGGGGGCAAGGCUGGCUACCCUACAGGGACAGGGGUCGGCUCCCAGGCCGCAGCUGCAGCAGCCAAAGCAGCCAAGUAUGGGGCCGGUGGAGCUGGAGUCAUCCCUGGUGUUGGAGGGCUUCCUGGAGGAGCCGGCGCCAUUCCUGGGAUCGGAGGCAUUGCAGGGGCUGGGACUCCCGCAGCUGCAGCAGCUGCAAAGGCUGCUGCGAAGGCCGCUAAAUACGGAGCUGCUGGAGGCUUGGUGCCUGGUGGGCCAGGAGUUGGGGUCCCAGGAGUUGGGAUUCCAGGAGUUGGGGUCCCAGGAGUUGGGAUUCCAGGAGUUGGGGUCCCAGGAGUUGGGAUUCCAGGAGUUGGGGUCCCAGGAGUUGGGGUCCCAGGAGUUGGGAUUCCAGGCGUUGGAGUUCCAGGUGUUGGAGGCCCAGGCAUCGUGGGUGGACCAGGGGCUGUGUCACCAGCUGCAGCUGCCAAAGCAGCCAAAUACGGGGCCCAAGCUGGAGUCGGAGUCGGAGGCAUUCCUACCUAUGGGGUUGGUGUUGGGGGCUUUCCUGGCGUUGGAGUCGGAGGACUUGGAGCUGGUAUUUCCCCUGCAGCUCAGGCGGCGGCUGCCAAAGCUGCCAAGUAUGGUCCUGGGGUAGCUGGAGCCCUGGGAGGGCUGGUACCAGGUGCCGUACCAGGUGCUGUACCAGGGGCCAUACCAGGUGUUGUACCAGGGGCCAUACCAGGAGUGCCAGGCACUGGUGGAGUGCCAGGAGUGGGGACCCCAGCAGCUGCAGCUGCCAAAGCAGCUGCCAAGGCUGCCCAGUUUGGAGUGGGCCCUGGCAUCGGUGGUGUUCCUGGCGGUAUUGGCCCUGGUGUAGUUCCUGGCACCGGCAUUGGCCCUGGUGAUGUCACAGGAGCAGGGACUCCAGCUGCAGCUAAAUUAGCCGCCAAAGCUCAGUACCGAGCUGCUGCUGGGCUUGGGGCUGGCGUCCCUGGAUUUGGGGUUGGUGCUGGUGUCCCUGGAUUUGGGGUUGGUGCUGGUGUCCCUGGAUUUGGGAUUGGUGCUGGUGUCCCUGGAUUUGGAGCUGGUGCCGGUGUUCCUGGGCUUGGGGCAGGAGUAGCACCUGGAACCCUGGCCGCAGCGAAAGCAGCCAAAUAUGGUGCAGCAGGAGCCGGGGCCCUUGGAGGCAUUAGGGGUCUUGGAGUCCCAGGCGCUCUCGGUGGAGCAGGUGUUCCAGGCGGUAUAGCAGGAGUCGGACCCGCUGCCCAGGCUGCCGCCGCCAAAGCAGCGGCCAAAGCCGCCCAGUACGGUCUUGGGGGAGUUGGGGGACUCGGAGUUGGGGGACUUGGUGUUGGAGGACUGGGAGCUGGAGGAGUCAUCCCAGGCGCUGGGGGCCUUGGAGGUGAGGGCUGCUGUGGAAUCCAUGAGUGGCUUGUGUGUGACAGACAGACAGACAGAGCAGACCCUUUCUUUCCUGCCCGAGACACCAGUUCAGCCCUUCCCAGCAGGAGACAGCAGGGGAGGAAGAAGGACAUGGCAGAGUCAGCAUGGGGCCAGCAAGCUGGGGAUCCUGGGCAGACCUGGAGAAAUGGUAGACCAUACCAUCUAAAGCCAGAUUGGAUCUGAUUGUCCACUGUUCCUUACAAAGGUUUCUUAAUUGAACACAUGCCACCUUUUUCGAGGCCCUUUAUAUAUGGUAGCUUGUACCCCGUUUUUCAAGCUGUCCCCUCCAACCCAGUCUGCCCAAGACCUCCGCCUCUCCCCCAGGGUGGCGAGGGCCCUACCCUCUCCUCUGGGAUUCUGCAGCACUUAACUGGAGGCUUAAGCCAGGCUUGGUGGUGCAUGCCUAUAAUCCCAGCACUCA